CAAUAAGGAGCGUAUUUCUCGGCACCUGGAAAUCCCCUGCUACGAGAUUCAAACUUGACAGGAAAACUCCCUCUAAGCACGUUCCUGACAGCCAGCUUAGCUGUUGCCUGUCUGCGUCCCAAUGGUGAAUAUCCGUGGUGGCAUGUCCCCGAGAGUUUUUUCGAGACUGAAGGAGGAGACACACCUCUUUCUGGUGAUCUGUGACAUAAAAAUCAUGCAUGGUUCGGGGCCGCAUCACCAUGCGGCGCUGCUGCUACCGAAUAGCCGUGACUUUUUUCAUCCCAUCGAGGCUCGAGCCUGCCGUUCUCCACUCUUUCUUCCUUUACCAUCAUGCGCCAUUGCAGUGUGUGCAAGAUCGAAUGUGAAAAGCCGCUACGAUGCUCAAGAUGUCUGAAAACGAUCUACUGCUCCGUGGAGUGCCAGAAAGUUGACUGGAAAGAGCACAAACGCACCGUCUGCAUCAGGUCGGCCAUCUUUUCGGAGGUGGAAAAAAUGAUGAAACAAUGGCAUAAGCCGGGGACGAUGCUGGGGGAUGUCAAUGGGAUGUUCCAACUGCUUUGGAAAGAGCGUCAGCAGAACCCGACUCCUGCAAUGAUAUGCGAUGGUUGUUUUUGGCCGUUCCGUGGCACAGCUCCACAUGAGAAUGACAAGGACAAUGUGCGGCAUGUAGGAGACGCCUUCAAGCGGUGCACAACUUGUGAUUACACCAUAUGCAAGAAUUGUGCACGCCCGGAUAUGCAAGGUGUGCCGUACAUUGAUCGCCCACCAGGCACUUGCCAUUGUCCAAAGGCGAACUUUGGCGUAAGCUACUGCUUGUCGUCACCCUGUUACCUUGAUGGUGGCGGUCUUGAGCCAUACUAUGGUGACAGGCACCCUAAUAUUGCGGGUAGUGGGUAUGAUGAAGGUGCAUUUGAGCCGAAGGAGCGGCAGUGCAGGACAUGCGGUGUGACUGCGCGAUGCUUGAAGAAAAAGCAUCUGAAGGAUACGUUUCCCGGCGUAAAGUAGCAAUGUUAAAUUUUGCACCACUUACGCGAAUUCGUCUUCGCUUGUUUCAGCAGGAAUAUGG